AUGAAGGAAAAGGAGAAACCGAAGCAAGAAAAAAAUGCAAAACAACCACCUAAGAAAAAACUUACUCUUGCUGAAGAGGAAGAGGAGAGAAAAAGACAAAUCGAUGAACAAAUUGAAAAAGAAAGAGGUAGAUUCUUGGAACAGAUGGAAGAUUUAGUGAAAGAGUUAGAAAAAUUGAAAUCUGAAAAUGAAAAAUUACGACGUCAACAAGAUUCAAGAUUUGGCGGUACUGUAGAUACUGUAGACAAAAUUAAAAAAGAAUUAGAACGAGCGAAAGCAACAAACAAAUUUCUAUUGACGGACAUAGAAACAAGGAAAAAUCAGUGUCAUCAGCUAGAAACACAAGUGUUUGAAAUGAACAUUAAAUCUGAAGCAUCAGGAAAAAAGACUGGAGAAUUGUUGAAAGAUAAUCAUAAACUUAAAGUCGAACGUGAAUCGCUUUUACAAGAGAAGCAAAGGAAUUUAAAACUGUUGGAAGAAAACCGGAAACUGAGACAAUGGCUUUCGUCCAAUAGGAUCGACGUAAAGACAGGUAAGCCAAUGAUAGAAAUGUUGAAAAAGCGAGCAGCUGAGAACAAAAACAGUAAACCAGUACCAGUUCGAAGUUUGAGAAGAGCUGAAGAAGCCAGGAAACAGAAAUACCAGAGCAAAAGUCUUGAGGAUCUAAGACAGCUUCGGGAGUUCUAUAAUUCAAAGACGCAUCGAUCUAAUGAUGGUAAAGAACCACCAUCUUAUCUAGGCAAUUAUAUGGACAUAAUGCGUCAGAAAAAACAACAGAAUAAAAAACCAAAAUUGAUUAUGAACUUAAAGUAG